GCCGUCAACAGAAUGUUGGUUAUGAAAUUGUGCAAAACAAAACAAACUGCUGUGCUGCUGGCUGUAGUGCGUUUUCGUCGUAGAGAAGGGUUAAAAAACACACAAAACCGAUACAAAAUGAUGCGCUACGAGGGAAAUGAAGAACUCGCGGACAAAUCCGCGUGUGCAGGUGUACGAGCCGACUUGAAAAUGUGUCUACUGCAGAGUGACUGUUGCAAGAAGGAGAAGAAAACUCCUAGAGAAUGCCUGAAUCGUACAGAUGGUUCCGUGCCGAACGAAUGCUUCGUGCUGAGAAACACGUUUUUCGAGUGCAAGCGAUCAAUACUCGACAAUCGACAACGGUUUCGCGGUAGGAAAGGUUACUAACAACCCGUUGACGACACUGUUUCGGCAGGCGAUAGAAAUAUCAAAUACUUUUUAUUCAUCCACAGCACGCAGCAGUAACAUAGAGAGUGUAUAAAAUAUAGCCUAAACAAAACGUAUCGUGCAA